ACCUAUUCAUAAAGUUAAUCAUAUUCAUGAUCUUCAUUCAUAACUAAGUAGGAAGGAGUUUUGAUUAGACUUUAUUUUUUAAAGCUAAAUAGCUUGUCACGAAAAACACCUCCGGCUGACUUAUUCUGUUCUGACAUAACAAUCAGCUCGAUCCAAUUUGAAUUAAAAUUAAAAUGUGAUUUUACUGGAUUUUACAUAAUAUUCUACAAUAUAGCAAUAAUUUAUUCAUUUUAGACAACAUUUUAUGAUGAAUUUUACUUCAAGAGAACAGAACAAUGGGCACAAGUAGCAGUAAAAAUGUGAUCACUUCUGGUCUAAAACAUUGCACAUUAUGGAAAACCGAUCGGAGUCCGCCGUGUCGCGCCGUGAUGAUGGCUCUGGACGCGAUGAACCUCAGCAUCACGGAAGUCGACGUAAACAUGGACAAAGGAGAACACAGAGGGCCUGAAUUGUCUAUUUACAAUCCACUUCAGACUUUACCAAUAUUCAAAGACAAAGAACUUAUUUUAAGUGACAGCCAUGCUAUCACCUCGUACCUAGCUACACGGUACUGCAGUGCCGGGAAGUUUCUGCCGAAGGAUGCCGGAGGCCGAGCAAUCAUUGACCAGCUGAUGCACUACGACAGCGGCAUCUUGUAUCCUCGGUUUCGGGCAGCGGCAUAUCCUAUCCUCUACGAGAACUGCAGAUUCGUGAUGCCACAGCAGGUUUGCGAAAUCGAAUGUGCGUAUCGAGACCUGGAGUGCAUGUUGGUAGGACGCACGUGGCUGGGUGGCAGCUGGCCAACGCUGGGUGACAUCACCAUCGCCGCCACUCUCAGUACGCUGAACGUGCUCGUUCCUAUAGACAAACUACGGUACCCGCGGUUGUCCAGCUGGCUUUAUCGAAUGUCUGAAGAGAUAUAUUACAUCACAGCAAACAAAAAGGGCCUUGGCGAGUUCUCGAGAAGAAUAGAUCGCGGCUGUAUAAGUGAUGACAGUGAGUUCAAGUGUCCGCGGAGCUCGAUCAGACGUCGCGCUGGUGUUCCUGAGAAAGAAAACAAAAAAGAUUAAAUUAUAAAUAUGAGUAAUAAAAGAUCUAAAAGAAUGACUAGUAUUAUUAAUUUGACUGUAAGUAGGUAACAACUCACGUACAAACUUGCAUGACUUAUUAAUAGUGCAUAACGCUACCAUUUCCUUGGAGUGGAUGUUCAAAUCAAAACCUAAGCUUCUUCUUCUUUUUCUUUUUU